AUGCACUUGAUGACCUCGUCGACCCCGGAACAGCACGAAAUGGCUCGCCUGAAAGCAGAAGAAGAGACGCGAAGUAGCAGUGGUGGUGGAAAAAGCAAAAAGGCAAGUCUAUUGCAAAAAGUCAAAUCAGAGGAAGCAUUAUUAUUAGCGAAUGCCAAAAAGCGCGUCCAGUACGGCGCCGCCAUUCCAGUGAAAGCGUCGGGUACGUUUCCCCAAGCAGGAUCCAUACUAGGGCCUUACUUUUGUCUGGGAACUCUGGGGAAGGGAACCUUUAGCAGCAUUCACAAGUGCAUCAAUUUGAACUACGCGCACUGUACGCCUAACAACAACACCAAAACAAAACGACUGGCCGCCGCCAAGGUGGAAUUGAGUACCUUUGUCAAUUCCGGGGUUCUCUUGGGGGAAGCACUGGUAUUGCAUUUCUUGGAUGAGUCGUUGCCACGAGAAACCGUCCCGGUGUACAUGGGUCAUUACACUUCCGGAAAUGCCGCUGCCAUUGUCAUGGAGUAUUUGCCCGGUGAAGACAUGCAUCAACUACGUGAGAAUAGAGACGCACCCUCCGGAAGAGCACCGCGACGACUCACCAUUGAAGAUGCCGUCUACUUGACGGCCGAUGUCAUGUUGCCGCUGCUGGAGCAAAUGCACAAGGUGGGAAUUGUUCAUCGAGACGUCAAACCUUCGAAUUGUGUUCGAAAGAAUGGGCGAGAAUUCUGUAUGGUCGACUUUGGUUUGUCCAAGAGUGUCGUCGUUCCAGCCGAUUCGGGAUAUGCCGACGUAGACCAUCCGUGGCCGGCAGAUCAACCGUGGCUCGUACCAGACUCCACUACUGCAAACAAUAAUAACAACGCACCAACGACGACAACACAACGAGGAUGUUAUCGCAAGGAACGAACCAGCGCCGAUUUUAGAGGAACUUCCAUGUACGCCAGUCCACGAGUUCAUCAGGGGCGAGACUACAGUCCGAGAGAUGAUGUAUGGAGCUUGCUCUAUGUCUUUUGUGAUUUGGUCAGUGGAGGAUUGCCCUGGAUGUCCCAUGCCGCCAACAGAGAUCGAGAUAUGUGUCAGAAAAUCAAAGAACGAGUCCACGGUCUAACUCCCACCGGAUCCAACGCGCAUCAGGAUGAAUCCGAACGACUUUUGAUGGGAGACGAUUUCCAUGUAGCACUAUUUCGACAUCAGCAACGAGAGGGGACUUCCAACAAUCCAGCGAAACCAAAUAUGGCAUCGCUUCCAGCAAACCUGCCAGCACCAUUGGAAAUGUCGCAAGACAAGACCAAAAUCAAGUUGUUGAGACAAGCUUUUUCACAUGUGGCCAAACUCCAAUUCUGGGAUCAGCCCGAUUACGCUCUCAUUCGACGUUGCAUUCGAGGAUUCCUUGACGAGGAAGGAGCCGUCGGGGAAGCAGAUGAUAUUGAGAUUGAUUGGAAUGAAAGACAGGAGCCGCCGUCGUCCUCCAAAAAGAAACGAAAGCGAGAGAAAGCUGACCGAGAUUUGCCGAAAUGGGAGUUUCGGGGCGCACUGUGCGAUCCAGAAAUGGAUGAGGAUCCGAUGGUGGACAGUGACCUCUUUGACGAAGUGACGUUGCCAACCGAUACGGCGGAACAGACUACACUGUCAGAUUGGGAGAAAUCCGUUCGUCGAAUGCCGCUGGAACGACAGUUUCGAAUAGCACAGAUGGAGUACCACGCCAAUCAUCCAACGACCGCUCUCAAGCACAUUGUCCUGUCUGAUUGGAUGAAAGUGGCCAUUCCUCUGCUGUACAAGGAGUGGGACUCGAAAGCGUUUGAGAGUGGCGGACAUCGCACAAACACGGACGGGUAUCGUAGGGAGUUUUAUUUGGAGUUGGUGGAAAAGUGCACGGAAUGGGCGAAACUAUUUGGUAACUUUGGCGGAAGGGAAUAUCUUGGAUAUCACGCGUCGUCUGGUUCCAACGGCAUCAUCAAGAUGGAGGAUGGCGAAGUCCCACCACUACAAAAGAAGAGGCGCGGCAUAGAGUCAACAUUCCCCUCGAACUGCGCGCCGAAUGACUUUGUCUCCGUGUCGAAGGUCUUGUUUGGACUCAAAGCGUCCAGUCGAUCGGAACGCGCCAAGAACUUUGCUCCUCCGCCGCCACUCUCUUUUGGUGCAACUCGAUAA